GUUGCAUUUCGCCCCACGGGUUAUUCAGAACCACCACACGAAGCAACCAGCCAGUCCAACGAUAUACCCAGAAUGGCGUCUUCGCAGCCCGAUACCACACCCGUGACAGAGCCGUCAGGCCCCCAUCAGCCGCCGUACAUCUACGAUGCGCUCCAGGGCUACCAGCGCACUGAAGCGGUGCCCGCAGAAUUAGCGAACCCCGCAUUGCAAAACGCCCAACUUGUCGUCGACGACGACGAGGACCUCGAGGGCGUGUUUGACAGCGACAUCGAGGUCGAGGAUGACGGCUGGGAUCCCGACUCGGCUGACCUGACCAAGUCGUACAACCGCCAGCGCCAGCUCCAUGGCCUCAACUCCCAGUCCAACGGCGGCGCCGCCCUGCUACCCCGUUCGAAUGCGCAAAAGCCGACAGCAAACACGUUUGCUAGCGUCGACGACCAGAUCUCGACUCUCUCGAAGCAUGCCGCCAAGAUCAGACUCGACGAUGUGAAACAAGGCCAGGGCAAGGACAAGGACAAGGCGGACCGGGCCACGAGCGAACUGGUGCUGGAUCAGCGAACACGCAUGAUCCUGCUGCAGAUGAUCAACCGCGGCGUUGUCAGCGAGAUUCACGGUGCCAUCAGCACCGGCAAGGAAGCGAACGUGUACGGUGCUGUGCUUCACCCCGAAGACGGCGGCGCUUCGAUCCAGAGAGCCAUCAAGGUGUACAAGACGGCAAUCCUGGUGUUCAAGGACCGGGAGCGGUACAUCACUGGCGAGCAUCGCUUCAAGGCGGGCGCGGACAAGGGCAACAACCGGAAGAUGGUCAAGCUGUGGGCCGAGAAGGAGUUCCGCAACUUGAGGCGGCUGUACACGGCGGGGAUAGCCUGCCCCGAGCCCAUAAAGCUCAAGCUGCACGUCUUGGUGAUGGAGCUCUUGGGCGACAAGCGGGGCUGGGCCUAUCCACGACUGCGAGACGCCCGACUGGAGGGCGAAGACGUGGAAAAGCAGUGGAGGAACCUUUACAUCCAGCUCCUUGGCAUCAUGCGUCGCAUGUACCAGGUCUGCAAGCUGGUCCACGCUGACUUGAGCGAGUACAACAUUCUCUGCAACGACAAGCAGCUCUACAUCAUCGAUGUUUCGCAGUCGGUUGAGCACGACCACCCGCGAGCCCUCGAGUUUCUCCGGAUGGAUAUCAAGAACGUCGGCGACUUUUUCAGGAGGCAGGGCAUCGACACGCUGAAAGAUCGUGCGAUAUUCAACUUCAUCACUGCCCCAGAUGGCCCCGACGAGGAGCCGGCGCUGUCACAGGCCAUCGAGCACUUGUACGAGGUCCGCCUGGCUAUCGAAGACACCGAGGAGGCCGUCGCCGCCGAGGAGAUUGACAACGAAGUCUUCCGCAACCAGUAUAUCCCCCAGACGCUGGAGCAAGUCUACGACAUGGAGAAUGAUGCCCAGAAGCUAGGAGCUGGCGAGGGAGAUGAUCUCGUUUACCGAAACCUGCUUGCCGAUCAGGUCGUGGGGCCCAAGGACUCCAGGGCGGACACAGAAUCCGGCGAGGAGAAGGAAGAGGUUUCCGGAGAAGAGUCAGGGAGCGGUGCUGCCCUCUCCGACGACGACAGCAGUGAAGAUGAGAGCAGGUUUGAGAAAGGACAGCCGAGAGGGAAACGGUUUGAGGAUAAGGAGGAGAAGAAGCAGCACAAGAUGGCAGUCAAGGAGGCCAAGCGAGAAAAGAGGAAAGAAAAGAUGCCCAAAGCUGUCAAGAAAAGGCUGGUGUCUACAACGUCUAGGAAGAAGAAUUAGAGUAGCUAGAUUUGUGGCACUGCAUAUAUCCACGCUUGGCCAGUUCCUCUCGGAGAUAAAUUAGGCAAGCCGCGGUCAAGUGUUUCUGGUGUCUAUUGGGCGGAGGCGCGGGCGUGAGCAACCGGGUGAUGAGAGCCAAAUGCUGCUCGGGAUGUUCGUGGCUUGCGUGUGUUCUGCCUGAUUUUCUCGGGUGAAACCACUUGCUACGACUUCCCAAUGGGCAGGUCUGAGCAAGCCAAGUUGGCAUGCUAUGAGGACCAAAGAGAGCACUGACGGUUUCUGCCCGCGUUUCCUUUUCUCCGAUGUGUCCACUGCGGGAAUUUAUUUCACCAUAUAAACAUUGAUAGACUCUGGAGCUUGAUUGCCUGACCAUAUCUUCAGCCCAUAAAUCCUUUUCUUGUGGAACAACCAAAGUCGGUGAUG